AUGAUUCUGCUGUGGGCACAAGAUCAGAAAGUUGAUGCAGCUUCUCUUCGUGUCUCUCCAAACAGGUUGCAGUUCUUUGUGUAUGAAAUGAUCACUUUUAACUGUGACGUGGGCAUCGAUCAGGAAGUUAAACAUGUUAUCGAGGGGAAAUCACCGUCAUGUAGCUUAAAUAGAAAGACAACACCAACAGGAUCCAUCUGCACUAUUAAACAUCUGUAUUCAGAGGACAGUGGAGAGUACUGGUGUGGAGCCGAAGGCGUGAAGACAAGCAUCAUCAGUAUCACUGUAACUGAUGAUUCUGUGAUCCUGGAGAGUCCUGCUCUACCUGUGAUGGAGAGAGAAUCUGUGACCCUGAGCUGCAGAAACAAGAUGGCUUCCUCCAACUUCACAGCUGAUUUCUAUAAAAAUGGCCGCCACAUUAACAGCAGCUCCUCAGGAACUGUGACCAUCCACAGUGUUUCCAAGUCUGAUGAAGGUCUUUACAAAUGUGGAAUCUCAGGAGUUGGAGAGUCAGCAGAGAGCCGGCUGGCUGUCAGAGAGCCAGAGGUUCCUAGUCUUCCCUCCUCUAAAAACACAUCAUGGAUUGUUGUGACCGUUUCAUUAACAUUUGUGUUGGUGGCAGUGGGACUUUAUCACUUUGGGAAAGCCUACUGGAACAGAGUGUCUGAAGAGGCCGGUGGAGCUGAUGAAGAAAUACUAAGAUAUGCUGUAGUGACAAUAGACAGAAGAAAGCAAGGCUUGUGUUAA